GCAGCCCGGGCAGCCGGCCCCGCGCUCGGCCCGCAGCCGCAAGGCCCUGCGGCCCCGCGUUCUCGCGCCUUUCCCCACCUCCCUCCCACAUCGGCCCUUCAUCCAUCCCUCUCUCCCGCAGUGCUCGCGCUCCAGGCCCGAAAGAAAAGGACCAAGGCCAAGAAGGACAAAGCCCAAAGGAAGCCUGAAACUCAGCACCGAGGCUCUGCACCCCACUCCGAGAGCGACAUCCCAGAGCAGGAGGAGGAGAUUCUGGGGUCUGACGAUGAUGAGCAGGAAGACCCCAAUGACUACUGUAAAGGAGGUUAUCAUCUUGUCAAAAUCGGAGAUCUAUUUAACGGGAGAUACCAUGUGAUCCGAAAGUUGGGCUGGGGACACUUUUCAACAGUGUGGUUGUCGUGGGAUAUUCAGGGAAAGAAGUUCGUGGCGAUGAAAGUGGUUAAGAGUGCCGAGCAUUACACAGAGACAGCCCUGGAUGAGAUCCGGCUGCUGAAGUCGGUUCGCAAUUCAGACCCAAACGAUCCAAAUGGAGAAAUGGUUGUUCAGCUGCUAGAUGACUUUAAGAUAUCAGGUGUUAAUGGAACACAUAUCUGCAUGGUGUUUGAAGUUUUGGGCCAUCAUCUGCUCAAGUGGAUCAUCAAGUCCAACUAUCAGGGCCUUCCGCUGCCUUGUGUCAAAAAAAUUAUCCAGCAAGUGCUACAGGGUCUGGAUUAUUUACACACCAAGUGCCGGAUCAUCCACACUGACAUCAAACCGGAAAACAUCCUGUUGUCAGUGAAUGACCAGUACAUCCGGAGGCUGGCUGCCGAAGCAACAGAAUGGCAGCGGUCUGGAGCCCCACCUCCUUCUGGGUCUGCAGUCAGUACUGCUCCACAACCUAAGCCAGCUGACAAAAUGUCAAAGAAUAAGAAGAAGAAAUUGAAGAAGAAGCAGAAGCGCCAGGCAGAGUUACUAGAGAAGCGAAUGCAGGAGAUUGAGGAAAUGGAGAAAGAGUCGGGCCCUGGGCAAAAAAGACCUGACCAGCAAGAAGAAUCAGAGAGUCCUGUUGAGAGACCCUUGACAGAGAACCCACCUAAUAAAAUGACCCACGAGAAACUUGAAGAGUCAAGUCCCAUUGGCCAGGAUCAGACACUCACGGAACGUGGUGUAGAGGGUGGUGAAACAGAAAUUAAUUGCAAUGGAGUAAUUGGAGUCGUUAAUUACACUGAAAACAGUAAUAAUGAAACAUUGAGGCUUAAAGAGGAUCUCCAUAAUGCUAAUGACUGUGAUGUCCACACUUUGAAGCAGGAACCUAGUUUCCUAAACUCCCCAAAUGGAGACAGCAGUGCUUCUCAAGAGACAGACUCUUGCACACCUGUGACCUCUGAGGUGUCAGAGAGCAUGGUGUGCCAGUCCUCCUCCGUAGAGCAGUCGCUCAGUGAGCAGGACAUCAGCCAGCUCCAAGAGAGCAUCCGGGCCGAGCUACCUUGUGGGGAUGAACAGGAGCAAGAGCAUAAUGGACCACUGGACAACAAAGGAAAAUUCACUGCUGGAAAUUUUCUUAUUAAUCCCCUUGAGCCAAAAAAUGCAGAAAAACUCAAAGUGAAAAUUGCUGAUCUUGGGAAUGCCUGCUGGGUGCACAAGCAUUUCACUGAAGAUAUCCAGACAAGGCAAUAUCGAUCUUUGGAAGUUCUAAUAGGAUCUGGCUACAACACGCCGGCUGACAUCUGGAGCACUGCAUGCAUGGCCUUUGAACUGGCCACCGGCGACUACUUGUUUGAGCCUCAUUCGGGGGAGGAUUACACUCGAGAUGAAGACCACAUCGCCUUGAUCAUAGAACUGCUGGGAAAGGUGCCUCGCAAGCUCAUUGUGGCAGGAAAAUAUUCCAAGGAAUUUUUCACCAAAAAAGGUGACCUGAAACACAUCACCAAGCUGAAGCCUUGGGGCCUUCUGGAGGUUUUGGUGGAGAAGUAUGAGUGGCCUCAGGAGGAGGCUGCCGGCUUCACAGAUUUCCUGCUGCCCAUGUUGGAGCUCGUCCCUGAGAAGAGAGCCACUGCUGCUGAGUGUCUGCGGCACCCUUGGCUCAACUCCUAAGGCCUCCUGCACUGCAGCAGAGCUCAUCAGGCUUACCCUCCGGCCCUCCCCUCCGAGACUUGCCCUUUUCCCUUUUCAGGGUGAAGCUCUUUCUUCAAGGGUUUCUAAUUUUUUUUUUAAUCCAACAUGUUCAUUUGGGUUUGCUUCCUUGACCCUGUGGAAAUCCCCACAGCCACUGGGCAUCCUAGGUGAAUUUGGCCUUAGUUGGGCUCUGCCAAAGACUCCAAGUAGGAACAGCCUCACCCUCUGCCCUGCCCUCUAAAAAGAGCUGUGAAGAUCCGUGAGCCCAUCCUUUUUAGCCCUGGCUCUAAGAGUCAGGUUUUCUAAUGCACACCCCGCUGCCAGCACUAGGGUGAGGAGGGAGGGUGUGGAUUCUGUGGAUAGCAGAGACAUUAAACAUGCUCUAUCCAGGCUGUGGCAUCUUCCUGGAUUCUUCUGUGUUUUCUAUGGUCACAUUUUUUUUUCCUGCGACUUUUAAGCUACAUUUUUCGAUGAGCAACAAAUUUGGGUACCAGUUUAUCACUGUUGAAGCACUGUCAGAUUUCUCUCGUCCUCUCAUAACUAAGUUCUUGGAAUUUUGAUUCUGAUUUUUACUGUAAACAAAACAACCAGUGAAUCUUUCCGAAGAGUCUCAGGUGUUGUGCAUAUAGUCCUUUCUGUGUGUCUUCUGUUGCCCCAAGCAGUUGCUUGGACCACACUCCCCGCUUGGAACGCCCUGCUGGCACUUGGCUUGCUCAGCCUGAGUUUACUGUUUUGUAACUAGAACAUGGGGGUGAUCCAGACGGGAGAUGUGGGUUUCAGAGCUGUACAGUCUGGGGAGUGUUCCCACAUUCCAAGUCCUUCCCAGACAGCUCUUGGCUUCCAUUCACAGCUUUUCCUGCCUUGCCCAAUUCCUGCCCUUGAUGCAGUUUCUCCAUGUGGCUUUGCUGUUCUCAUUUCUCAGAGGCUCGGGGUCUCUAAUGAAACCCUGGGUGAGGAACCAAGGGGAGGGGGAGGCAGUUUUCUUUUCCCUGUUGGUUUUGAUGUUAGCCGUCUUAUGCUGCUAUUUCCUUGUGUAAUGUCAGUUUUGAGAUGAUUGAAAUGUACUUGAGGCUUUUUCUUCUUAAUGCAAAAAGGCUUUUGAAUUUUGUUUUAGGCUCAGCCUCAUAAACUUGAUCACCCAAACAUUACUUUUUCCCAGGGUGAAGUGAGCCUCAGAAGAGGGCAGGACUGGGGUCCUGGAAAGGCUGCUUGAUAAUCUAUCGAGGACCAAGUGGGUCUUGAUACCGCACUCUCCGGAAACAGCUCAGUUUCUAACUUGAAGAAGGCCACGGAAGUGCAAGCCAAGGCUCUCCUAGCAAGCUGCCUCCUUCCUGUGUGUGAGACUGGAGAGUCACCUCAUGCUUGGCUCACGAGUGAGCAGGCUCAUGUAACUCAUCAGCUUCACCUGAGGAGCUGGCCAGCCAGGCAUUGGCUCUGGAUUGGUUACUCCUGGCACCAGACCUGUUCCUGUAGAAAGAGUUGUAAGUCAGGCUAUCUAUGCACCUAUCCAGAACAAGAGAGCAGAUGACAUCGCGUACGGCAGGGAACCCUCCAUCAGUUCUAAUCCACUCUGGGUUGUCAACUGUACUGACAUCUAAAGCAAUAGCAGACAGACCUACCUGAAACUGCUUCUCAGCAAAUCACAGUUGCGGGAUCACAGGCAUCCUAGCGACAUUAAGGUGGUAUGACCAGGAAACAAGCCAACAGCAGGCCUAUUUUAAUCAUUGAUACCAUGGGGAAUUUUAAUGGGGGGAGAACCUGGAACUUCACUUUGGAAAUAAGUCCCACCAAUAAGGGCUUUCCCCCAUCACUAAGGAGCCAGAGGACCUGGGAGAGCUGGAGGAGGCGGCAGCAGGAGCUGUCUGUCCAUCCACGGCCUCCUGAGCUUGGCUGAGCACAGUGGAUGCUGUGGAGGCCAGGUCUCACUGGAGGGCUGCUGUUGGCUCUUGGUUAGGAAUAAGUCCUGAUAUGUUUUAUAUUCUUUCUACUGCGUGCAUUGUUUGUGUCCUUACAAAUGCAGAACAAUAAACAGAGUAUUUAAUAACC